AUGUCACCAACGACGCUCAAUAUUCUCCAUUUCAAUGACGUAUACAGAGUGGGGAAACAAAAUGUGGAAGGAGGCACGAUCGACGUUGCGCAGUGGGCUCAACUCGUCGACGACUGUCGAAGUGCAUGGCCAGAUCGAGCAGAUGGGGAGAAAGAUGGCCUAUUCUUGUUCUCUGGAGAUGUAUUCAGUCCGAGUAUUGAGAGUUCUGUGACGCGAGGAAGUCAUAUGGUUCCGAUCAUGAAUGCGCUCAAGAUCGACUGUGCUGUUGCUGGGAAUCAUGAUUUUGAUUGGUCUGCACCGCACUUUCUCAAUCUCCCAUGGCUCCUGAGCAACAUUAUCGACGAAGAUAAAGGCGAUUUACCUAACGGCCUGCAUGCUUUCCAAGUAUUCGAACGUUGCGGUGCGCGGAUAGGUCUGAUCGGCUUGGUCGAAGAAGAUUGGAUUAAGACCAUCUCCUCAUGGCCUCCCAAUUACAAAUACAAGGACAUGAAGACAGUAGCACUCGAUCUCUCCAAGCAACUGCGGGAUCCCGAUGGCCCGCAUAAGUGUGAUAUUAUCAUCGCACUUACUCAUAGCCGGCUACCAAACGAUAUUCAACUGGCCAAGGAUCUCCACGCACGGAUUGGUUCAGGUGUCGUCUCCGAACACGGCUGCGAUAUCAUCCUUGGAGGUCAUGAUCAUUUCUACUACGUCUCCAAGUUUGUUCAAGAUGCAACGCCGGAGACUUGGAAAGGGUACGAUAUGACGCAGUCUUUCCUCGGUGCUGAGGAGGACGAUGGGGUACUGGUGAUCAAGAGCGGGACAGACUUUCGCGAUCUGAGUGAGAUCCAUCUCGAGCUCGAGGAUGCACCAGAAGGAAGUAUCAGACGAAAGUACAUAUCCGCAGUACACGGGAGUCGACAUACGACUCAACCAAACUCACAGGCAUCAGAAAAGGUGACCGGGUUGCUGAAGACGUUGGUCGGACAUAUCGAAGAAUCCCUUUCAAGGCCAGUGUGUAAAUUGGAUGCCGUACUAGAUUGCCACUCGGAUGUAGUAAGAAUAGGCGAGUCUGCUUCUGGGAAUUGGUUUGCAGAUGUCAUAUUUCACGCCUACGACGAUGCAUUGUGCAUCAAAGGUGUCGGUGGCACGGAUGCGCUCAAAUGCCACAGAGGAACAAUUCGAGGAGACUCUUCAUAUGGUCCCGGAAACUUUACGGUUGGGAAUAUCAUGGAGAUAUUGCCUUUUCAAGACCCGAUCAUCGUGUUGCAAAUGGACGGUCAGACGAUUUGGACUGCUUUGGAGAGUUCCUUGUCCGCAUGGCCAGCACAAGAGGGUCGCUUUCCUGUAGUUUCGGGACUACAAGUCGAAUGGGACUCCAGCAAACCCAAGGGCCAACGCGUUUUGAGCGUUGAACUCCUGCAAGAAGCUCAAUCUGACGACGUUUCCGAAGGGUCGCAAACUCCGAACCUGAAAACUACGACCAUUCCGGUGAAGAACGAAAAGGGAGGUCGGAUGUACAAUGUCAUUACACGUCAGUACAUGGCGCAAGGGUUCGAUGGCUACGACGCAUUCAAAGGAUGCAAAAUGCUUGUAGACGAUGAGAAUGGAAGAAUUAUGUCGGACCUGAUUCGGCACUAUUUACUUGGAUACCAAUAUAUUAACAUGAUGAAAGGUCUUACCGCAGAACAAACGCCCAGCUGUCUCUCUGCACAAAGCUCUCAAUUGAUUGCUACCGAGCAGAAGAAACACACCGACGGAACAGCAAAACACGGGAAAGCGCGCUGGACGCAGAUUGUUCGGAAGAAAGUCAUCAAAACAUCGGCGAGAGAUGCGUCCAAUCGCUACCGCAUUGCCGGGGCAGAGCACAUGUCUGGUAUAGACUGCGUUGACGGCGCUAAGAUUCGCAGUGCCGGGAAUCCCAGUAACAAAGAUAACUCGCAAGAUAUGAGUUCAUCCUUGUCACCGCCAUGGACAAGUGUGCUGGAAAGCGACUUGGUUGUGGUUUCGCCACGGAUUGACGGGAGACUGAAGGACGUGGCGAGAGCACAAGUGUCGACAUAA